AUGCAGUUGGAAGCGAUACGGAAAGCUGCUCUUACUUUACGUCAAGGAAAAACUAAUAUCACUACUACACAGUUAUAUCAAAAACUUCAUUAUCCCCUUACGAGUAAAACAGCUCUUCGCAUCAAGUCAUAUAGCAUUAGUAGCAUUAGCACCUUGCAUUUAACUACUGCUCGAAAAGCAUCAGCACUGAACAUACCGAAAGCCUAUCAUCAUACCUUUGUGGGGAAUCUGCGCACUCUGAAUCCCCCUCGGUUAAUCUUUACAUUAUCCAGAAAUGACUCUUGUAACCCAUUAAUAUGUCCGCGAUGGAUACAGGCGAGAUAUUAUGUCGAUAAAAUUAUCUACGUUCCUAAGAUGGCCGAAUCUAUCUCCGAAGAGGUUGGAGAUUUUGUAAAAGAAGAUGAGGAACUAGUAUCAAUUGAGACGGAUAAGGUUGAUGUUCCUGUCAAUUCUCCAUACACGGGUAAAAUAGUUGAAAUAUAUGCUAAUGAAGAAGAUAACGUAGAGAUUGACGGUAAACUUCUCAGAUUGGAAUUGGGUGAUGCUCCAGCUGACGCUGCGCCAGAGGCACCUAAAGAUACUAAAGCAGAACCUCGUGAGGAGCCUAAAGAGACUAAAGCAGAACCUCGUGAGGAGCCUAAAGAGACUAAAUUGGAACCUCGUGAGGAACCUAAAAAAGAGGAACCUAAAAAAGAGGAACCACCUACGCCUCACCAUGCAAAAACACCUCCCGCUCCGACCCCAAAGUCCGCGCCAACACCUCAACCGACUGCUCCAACACAAGCUGCAAUCUCGAAAUCUCCUUAUGGCGAUCGUGAAGAACGUCGGGUCAAAAUGAAUCGAAUGCGAUUGAGAAUCUCUGAACGGCUCAAGGAAUCACAAAAUACAGCCGCUUCUUUGACUACAUUUAACGAAAUUGACAUGACUAAUCUUAUGGAUCUUCGUAAUUCAUACAAAGAUACUAUAUUAAAGAAAUACGGAGUGAAAAUCGGAUUCAUGUCUGCGUUUGUAAAAGCUUCUGUAUUUGCUCUUCAAGAGAUACCAGUAGUCAAUGCUACUAUUGAAGGACCAAAUGGCGGUGAUACUAUCGUGUAUAAAGAUUAUGUGGAUCUAAGCGUUGCUGUUGCUACUCCCAAAGGUCUUGUAACUCCCAUUUUGAGAAAUGCUCAUGCUAUGGCAUCGUUUGUGGAAAUUGAGAAAGCUAUUGCCGAAUUGGGACAAAAGGCCAGAGAUGGCAAACUUUCCAUUGAAGAUAUGGCAGGUGGAACAUUUACAAUUUCGAAUGGAGGCGUAUACGGAUCGUUAUACGGAACUCCGAUUAUAAAUCUGCCACAGAGUGCUAUUUUGGGCAUGCAUGCGGUUAAAGAACGUGCUGUUGCCAUCAAUGGACAGGUCGAAGUACGUCCAAUGAUGUAUAUCGCUCUAACUUAUGACCAUCGCUUGAUUGACGGGCGUGAAGCUGUUACAUUCCUAAAGACAGUUAAAGAGCAAGUCGAAGAUCCUCGUCGUCUGCUUUUGGGAAUCUGA